AUGCACAUGACGACAAUUAAGUUUGGUUAUGCUCCUUCUCGAAUUCACACUCUACUUAAUUGUUCAUUUUAGUUUCCUCCACGAAUUGAUCGGUGAAAAUGAAACUCCCAAAAUCGUUUAUCUACACUUCUGUGAUAGCAACUACCGUCGGCGCGGCGUAUCUGACGAAGGACCAUAUGGGAGGUCCGAAAUAUGAAGGAAAAGAGGAUCUAGUCGACAAGGUAGUCAUUGUGACAGGAGCCAAUUCUGGUAUUGGGAAGGAGACAGUCCUAGAAUUAGCCAAACGCAAUGCAAGAGUUAUCAUGGCAUGUAGGGACAUGGAAAAAUGUGAAAUGGAACGCCGAAAUAUUGUACUUGACACAAAGAACAAAUAUGUUUAUUGUAGGAAGUGUGAUUUAGCAUCACAAGAAAGUAUUAGAAACUUUGUUACACAAUUUAAAAAAGAAUAUGAUAAACUUCACAUACUUAUUAAUAAUGCCGGCGUGAUGAGAUGCCCAAAGAGUUACACUAAAGAAGGCAUCGAGAUGCAGCUAGGAGUUAAUCACAUGGGACACUUCUUGCUCACGAAUUUGCUUCUAGACGUUUUGAAAACAUCUGCACCAUCCAGAAUUGUAAAUUUGUCCAGCGCCGCUUAUCGUACUGGUCAAAUAAAUAUGCAGGAUUUGAAUUGGGAUAAUGAUUAUGAUGCUGGUAGAGCAUACAGUCAAAGUAAAUUAGCUAUAAUACUUUUUACUCGGGAAUUGGCAAGCAAAUUGAAAGGUACUAAUGUUAUCGUGAAUGCUGUCCAUCCUGGUAUAGUUGAUACAAACAUAACGCGACAUAUGUUUGUAUACAAUAACUUUUUCACACGAAUAUUUUUGAAGCCAAUUGCUUGGCCAUUUAUUAAAGCACCUCGGCAUGGAGUUCAAUCUGUUUUGUAUGCAGCAUUAGAUCCUAGUCUUACAAAUGCUUCUGGAUGUUAUUUAGACAAUUGCAAACCUAAAGAAUUAUCAGAGGAAAUAAAGAAUGAUGACCUAGCUAAAUGGUUAUGGAAAGUUAGUGAAAAGUGGACAAAAUUAAAUGUUACAUAG